AUGAACGACGUAAUGCGGGAGCUGCACGGCUUGCAGACUGUCAUCGCGACAGAUCAAUCGACUCUCCGCAAGUACGCCGUCGCUAUCGAGUACUUCCUUCACGAGCCGCAGUCACAAGCGGAUGGACACGCCAGCGGCUCCUCCGCUCCCGCCCGUGGGCCAAACAGGCUCGGCUCGUUCAUCCUCACCGUGGGCAGCGACGCCGCUUGGUGGAGCGCCAGCGUUCAGGGCCCCGCUCUCCAGCAGCUCGUCACCAAGUUCGCUCCUCCCCAAGAACCUCAUCUGGGCAAAGCUAGCGCCCUCGCCUUCGACCCGGAGUACCUCACCCAGGCACAAUGCAUCGAGUUUCGCGACAGACUCCGCACCAUCUUCCACCACCAAGCCAUCAUGAUUGGUGUCCAACCGUCCACUUCCACAUCACCUCGCGAUUGGACUUCGAUCAAUCUGCUGCUCGAUCCCGAAAACGACUAUGUGCAUCUCACACUUUCUCGGCUGGACGACAGGCAGGCGCUGGUGCGGACGGCGAGCAUUGUGUUGAGCAACACGCCGUACGCUCCACCACCCUUAUCGCCGAACCCGGCCGAGCUGGCACCACACAUCGAGCGAGGCGACGUAAAAAUGUCGCUCGAGCGCGAUCAACUGCUUCGGAAGCUCGAGGAGACACAGCAGGCCCUGCGCGAGGAGAGACACAAGUACCGGUCGCUGCUCGCCGCUCCUUCUGCCUCCAACGCGCGGACAACGAGGGGACGUCCGGUGGUGGGACUCAGACCGAGGAUCACGGGAAGUGCGAGUCAGAGAUCGAUCCAGCUGCCGUCGUCGUCGGCGUCGUCUGAAUCGAGGAGGGGGAUAGAACGGAGUAGCAGCGGGUCAGGUCCCCAGGCGCCGAGCUCGGAUGAUUUUCCACCGGUGGGUGGCGAUACGCAGACACAGGCUUCGCAGAGGUUGACUUCGCUCGUCAACCCGACGAGAGUCAGGAGGGCGGAUCCGAGGGAGAACGAUGGGUUUGUCGGUGACGAUGACUGA